CACCCACAAAAUCCCAAUACAAAUACCACCGCCCAGCAAAUAGAUAGAUAGCCCGGACUGGAGGGAGGGAAGAGAGAGAAACCAGCUCCUGCAAACCAAAAGCUACUCCUCCUUUGCGCACGCGGCAGGGAGAGAGCAGCCGAGGCGGCGGCCGGCGGCUAGCCAGCAUAGGAGCUUAGGUAGGUGGUAGGCAGCUCAGCUUCGCUCAUGCAGCAGGGCGAGUACCGCUCGUCGUCUUCCAGCAAGGGCUCCGCGGGGUCGGCGGCUGCUGCUGCGGCUGCGGCGGCGGCCAUGGCGCCUUUGGCGGCCGCGGCCGCGGCGGUGGCGGCCAAGGAGGAGCACAACGUGACCGUGGCCGUGGCGCCGCCCAUCCCCAUGGCGAUGGCGAUGCCGCUGCAGCAGCAGCAGCCGCGGAAGCAGUACCGCGGCGUGCGCAUGCGCAAGUGGGGCAAGUGGGUGGCGGAGAUCCGCGAGCCGCACAAGCGGACGCGCAUCUGGCUGGGGUCGUACGCCACGCCCGUCGCCGCCGCGCGCGCCUACGACACGGCCGUCUUCUACCUGCGCGGCAGGUCGGCGCGCCUCAACUUCCCCGACGAGAUCUCCGCGCUCGCGCUGUCGUCGCCCGAGGCCGCCGAGGCCGGCGCUGCCGGAGGGGAGAUGGCGGGCGAGCUGGGCGACGGCGGCGCGCUGUCGGCCGCGUCGAUCCGGAAGAAGGCCAUCGAAGUCGGGUCCCGCGUGGACGCGCUCCAGACCGGCAUGACCACGAUGGUCGCCGCGCCCACGCACCAACGGGAGCGGCAGAGGCUCCACCACCACCACCACGCGGAGCCGCACGGCGAGGAGCUGCACCGCCACGUGAAGCAGCAGCGGACGGCGUGGAACGGGCGCGCCAAGAACCCGGAUCUCAACCAGGCGCCGAGCCCGGACACCUCCGACGCCGAGUGAAGCAGCUAAGCAGCAAGAAGAAGCAGCGGCUUCCGGUCAUCCACAACCAGUCGACCAUGCAGCCAGUCUCCGGAGAGCAGCCAGCGUAUGAUCAACCAUCAGAUUCAGCACAACCAACUCAAUCCAGUCCGCCGACCCACCUACCGUUCCGCCUGUCUCCCUAGCAAGCUCCGCCGCGUCGGUGAGGGCGCGCGGCGAGGUACCGGUGGUCGGUGGGUCGGUGGCGAGAUUUUUCAAUACGUUGUUCUGGAUAAGAACAAGGGAGGGGAGGGGAGGCGGGGGACGCCACAAGUGGCGGUCUUUCCAAAUGUCAAAAAAGACAGCUGUAACAGUGAUAAAACAAUCGCCACCAUCUUCUUUCUUUUCUCCCUCUCUCCCUGGCUGUUAUCGAGUAGAUAAGCAGCGAUUAGCAGUACAACUUGUCUUAAUUAAUCGCCCAGUUGGCCGACUC